AUGAUACAGGCAGGAGCCGUAGCACUGAAGAAUCUUGAAAUAAAAGAAAAUGCACUGAGUCAGCUGGAUGUGCCAUUUAAAGUUAAAGCAGGACAUAUCGGUCAACUUAACCUACAGAUUCCAUGGCAAAACCUUUAUACUCAACCUGUUGAGGCAGUUCUUGAUGGAGUUUAUUUGCUUAUUGUGCCCACAGCCAGCAUCAAAUAUGAUGCUGAAAAAGAAGCCAGGCAGCUUUUGGAAGCAAGACAGAGGGAAUUGCAAAGGAUAGAGGAAGCAAAGCAGAAAAUAGCUGACCAAGAUAAAGUGAAAGAAGAGAAACAAGACACUUUUGUAGAAAAACUAGUCACUCAGGUCAUCAAAAAUCUUCAGGUGAAAAUUUCCAACAUCCAUAUUCGCUAUGAAGAUGAUAUCACAAAUCGGAAUAACCCCUUGUCAUUUGGGAUUUCACUUCAGAAUCUCAGUUUGCAGACCUCAGAUAAGAAUUGGAAUCCAUGUUUACAUGACGAAACUGCUAAGUUGUUCUACAAGCUUGUACGGCUGGAUAACCUUUUUGCUUACUGGAAUGUGAAAUCAGAGAUGUUCUAUCAUGGUGGUUGUGAAGAAUCGUUGGUUAAUUUAAAACUGGGAGUUGCCAGCCACAAUGUGAUUCCAGAAGGUUAUGAUUUUGUAUUCCGUCCAAUUUCAGCUAGAGCCAAACUCCUUAUGAAUCCUCGAUCUGAUGUUGACUUUUCAUCACCCAAAAUGGAUUUAGAUGUAAAUUUACAGGAUAUAACUGUGGAAUUCAAUAAGCCACAGUAUUUCAGUGUUAUGGAGCUUCUUGAGUCUAUUGAUAUGAUGACUCGAAAUCUGCCAUAUAGGAAGUACAGACCUGAUGUUCCAUUGCACAACAAUGCCAAGACAUGGUGGAAAUACGUUAUUUAUGGCAUCCUUGAAGUAAAUGUUCAACCUAAGCUCCAAAUGUGGUCAUGGGAACAUAUUCGGCACCAUAGGAAGCAAGUGAAGACAUACAAAGAGAUGUAUAAAACAAAAAUAACAGCAAAAAAACCUAAUGAAGAAAUUGUAAAAUUGUUGGAGGAAUUUGAAAAGUCCUUGGAUAUUUUUAACAUCACUCUAGCACGACAACAAGCAGAAGUUGAGGCAACUAAGGCUGGAUUAAAAAUCUACCGACCAGGAGUCAAGCAAGAUGAUGAAAAUUCUGGUGGCUGGUUUAGUUGGAUAUGGAGCUGGUCAGGUGAAAAAAAGGAUGAACAAAACCAAGAAGUAAAGGGUUCAAGUCUUGAAGAGCUGAUGACCCGUGAAGAGAAGGCUAAACUUUAUGCAGCAAUUGGAUAUAGUGCAACAGCUGUGGAUCCAACCCUUCCAAAAUCAUAUGAAGCCAUGAAGUUCUCUGUGAAGUUAUUAAGCAUGUCUAUAUCACUAAGAGAAAACAAGCAAACUCCCAAGCUGGUAGAAUUUGCAUUAGCUGGCUUGAGUACAGUAUUUACCCAGCGACCAGGUGCACAAGCAAUAAGAUUUGAAACAAGAAUUACCUCACUUGAAGUUACAGGCAUGUCUCGAGAAAAGUGUAUACCCUGUCUCCUAUCUUCUCGAACAGUCUAUUCAGAUGAGAGUACCUCACUUCUAAGCAUAAUGUUUGAGACUAAUCCUUUGGAUGAGAAAGCAGAUCAGAGGCUUAGAAUAGAAUCACAGCCACUGGAAAUAGUAUAUGAUGCAAUGACAAUAAAUAGCUUAGUGGAUUUCUUCAGGCCUCCAAAAGAGGUACAUUUAGAGCAACUGACAUCAGCAACUCUGAUGAAGUUGGAAGAGUUCCGUGAAAAAACAUCAACAGGUUUGUUGUAUGUUAUUGAAACCCAGAAAGUUCUUGACCUCAAAAUUAACCUCAUGGCUUCAUACAUUAUUGUUCCACAAAAAGGAUUCUAUGACUGUACAUCAAAUCUACUACUUCUGGAUCUUGGUAGUCUUAAG